AUAAUAAAAAAACAUGAGUUUGUGGGUUGAUUGCCGUUCUUCAUAAUUUUAUAGGUAUGAAUUGAUGUUUAUGAGUUAUGUUGAAGGUGAAAUAUUCGAAUUUUAUGUUAAAGAAAUAUAAUAAUCAGAUAUUUUUUUUGUACUAUUCUCUAUGAAUCCACUUAUUUUUCCUCCUCUUCAUAAACACAAUGCGAUGAUAUUAUUUGGUAUUAUUUUAGGUCUUCAUCAUUUUUUGGGUCAUUUAGGAGAAAAUGAAAAUGAAUUAAUGCUUUUGAGUUAUGUUAAAGUUGACAUAAUUGAAUUUUAUGUUUAAAAAAAUUUAGUUGUACGAGACUAGUUUCAAUGGAGUACUCUCAUGGAUGUUCACUAUAUGAUUAUUAUAUUUCUUAAACAUAAAAUUCGAAUAUUUCACCUUCAACAUAACCCAUAAGCAUUAAUUCAUACCUAUAAAAUUAUGAAGAAAAUCAACCCACAAACUCAUGUUUUUUUAUUAUGUUUUUAUACAUAUAUUCUAAAUGUCAAUUUUAUCCUUACAUUUAACAGAAAAAUUAACAGAAGUACCAAAGUGUCAAACAAAGUCUAACUUCAGGUACCAAACUGUCCCCUUUAAUACAUCGGGUAUCAAACUGUCCAAGUAGCAAUACCUCAGGUACCAUAGGAGGAAUUUACCCUUUAAAAAUUCAAUAAAAAUGUUCUAUAUAUAACGGUGGCGUUGGUUCUUAAAUAAUAUAGUUUUAUUGCGACCAUGAGUCCAUGACUGAAACUGGCCUGCAUAAUCUACUAUAAAGACAUUAGAACAGCUAUAUGGCCUCUUCUACAGCCAUUUGCCUUGUACACAUUCCAAAUUCCAAAUAACUCCAAACCCUCUCCUCUAAUGGCAUCUCAAGUACUUGCAUUAAAUUGAAUGAGUAAAUUAUAUGUCACAGCCGUCUGUUGUGCACAAAACUAUUCUCCUUGAUAUAUAUGACCGAAUUCCAUAUUCCAUGCCUAUGAUCCCUAUACCAUCUUCAUUUCCUUUGUAGGUUCUGUAAACAUUUCAGAGAUUCUUUGGACCUAGUUCAAAAUUUUGAGCAUCACUCCCUUCUCUACAGAAGCACAUACUUUCGGAGAGAAGACAUUGCUAGAUAGUCUUCUUGGCCGGCUGAAGGAGGGCAUAAUUCUGGUAUCUACCUCUUGUUUAUUCUCUACUUGUCUCAGCUAGGACUGCAGCCAUGGCUAGACUCAUCUCGAUUUUCUGUAGUUAUAGUCAAAUGAAGUACAGACGAGUACCACCCCUUUUGAUUCUAGUCCUUGUGUUCCUCACUGCCUUGAAUUUUGUUGUCUCACAAGCCCCUGGUGCAGUAUGUGUCCUUGAUAUUCAACAAUCUUCAUCUUGGAGUAGCUCAAGUUGUGAAGCAGGCACUUGGGGAGGGUUUGUCAGUAAUUGUAAUUGCGGAGCAGCUUUUGAUGACUACCUAUCUGCCUUGGGACGCAGGGCAAACCACACUGGUAGACAGCUCUUCUUAAAUUCAACAGGGCAGGAAAACUGCUUAGAUUUGAUGAAGAGUAUCAAAAGUGAUGUUUUCAGUUGUGGAAUUGAUAAGCUAACGAGUGGAGGUGGUGGCUGCUCUGACUAUACUAAACUAGAUGUUGUUCAUAAUCUAGGUAGCACAUUGCAAGAUUUAGGUGAAGACUGUAAACUUCUGGGGACAGCUGGAAUAUCUGAUCAGGCUUGCAGUUCUUGUUUGCGAAAGUGGGAAGAGAUUAUUGCAUCAUCAGAUAGUAGGGAGUCAUCAAAAGUUGAAGCCACUAUUUGUGGUUUUGCAGUUUUGGUGUCUUUAACUAGCAACAGGAUUCAUGACAAGAAUUGGGUUCAAGCAGUUUAUCAAUGCCUUGGAAAUCAUGUACUUUCAGAUUCCGGAGAUCAGCGGCAGAAAAAACCAAAAAGCAGCUUUCUAAAACUGAAGACAGGUCUUUGGAUUCUAUCUGGUGGUCUAGCAGGAAUUACUGUAAUAUUAGCAAUAAGUAUGUGGACCUUAUGCAAGAAAAAGAAGCCAGUAGAGAUCUUUUCAACUGCAAAAUAUGAAAAAGAAGAUGAUCCAAAUGAUUCACUGACUCAAGAAUCCAGCCUCAAAAUAUCAACUAAACACAUUUAUGCAGCAACCGACAAUUUAAAUGCAUCGAACUUCAUUGGCCAAGGUGGAGCUGGAAAGGUAUACAAAGGUGUACUCUUAAAUGGGCUUGAGGUUGCAGUCAAGCACAUAAUCAAUGAUGGAUAUGUAUCCAUCGAGACAUUCGUCAGAGAAGUGACAAGCCUUUCACAUGUUAGACAUCCAAACCUUGUAGCAUUACUUGGACAUUGCGUAGAUACAGAAGAAUGUUUCCUGGUGUAUGAAUUGUGCCACAAUGGGAACCUCUCGGAGUGGCUAUUUGGAAAAGAUAGAAGUCUACCAUGGAUUCAGAGACUUGAGAUUGCAAUUGAUAGUGCAAGGGGUCUUUGGUUUCUUCACACUUUUCCGCAAGGCUGCAUUGUUCACCGUGAUGUCAAGCCAACAAACAUACUCAUCACUGCCAACUUUCAAGCAAAACUGUCCGACUUUGGGUUAUCUAAAGUUAUGGACGUGGGGCAGUCCUAUGUGAGCUCCGAAGUGAGAGGAACAUUUGGUUAUGUUGAUCCUGAGUACCGAAAGAAUCACCAUGUAAAUGCUUCAGGAGAUGUCUACAGUUUCGGGAUAGUUCUUCUGCAACUUAUCUCAGGGCGCAGGGUUAUCAAUCUGAAUUCCAACACACCAAUGUCUCUUAAUAAGAUAGCCAGGGGUCUCACAAAAGGCGGUGAUGUUAUGGAGUUUGCUGAUCCCAAACUUAACAGGGAGUACUCGGUUGCAGCCUUUGAAAUUAUAGUCAAACUAGCUUUGUCAUGCACAGGACUAAAGCAACAAAGACCACGCAUGGAGGAGGUGGUAUCAAGACUAGAAAAGGCACUACAUAUCUCCACACAAAUGUAG